AUGGCGUCGCAGAGAAUCACCUCCGCUCUCGCGGAGAUCGAGGCAUCCAGCAAUCCCCAGAACAAGCUCCCGCAGUACAACAACCUCCUCUCCGAAAUCGUAUCCACAUCCUCCGAACACGAGCUCGGUCAGGACCUGAUUUACUAUAUUGACUCGGUACUCAGCGAAGAAAUCAGCAUUGUAGCUGCGCGGCCGCUCCUCGACUCCUUCAUCGGUGUCCUCCAGAAACUCUCACCAGAAACCCAGAUCAAAGUAGGCCAGCAUGCAGUGACGCUUCUUCAAUCGCGCUCUUCCUCCGUCGAGGAGCAAGACUCACAGAUCAGGGAAAUCCUCGCCGAUGCGUACGAGUCAGAGGAGGACUACACGGCCGCCGCGCGGGCGCUCCAGGGUAUCCACAUUGACAGUUCCCAGCGCCUUGUCUCGGACGCAGCCAAGGUGCGGUUAUGGAUUCGGAUUGUACGAUUAUACCUAGAAGAGGACGAUACCACCAGCGCGGAGGCCUUCCUGAACAGGAUCAAAAACCUACCCAGCAAGAUCGAAGACCAGGAGCUGAAGCUCCACUUCAAGUUGUCUCAGGCGCGGAUCCUCGAUGCCCGACGACGGUUCCUGGACGCGAGCCAGGAAUACUUCAACGUCAGUCUGGCCGCAGGAGUUGAUGAGAGCGAUCGGCUACAGGCGCUUGCUGCGGCAAUUCGAUGCGCCGUCCUCGCCCCCGCAGGACCGCAACGCUCCCGGAUCCUGGCUACGCUUUACAAGGACGACCGUGCGACCUCCGUCGAUGAAUUCGGAAUCCUUGAGAAGAUGUUCCUGGACAGGUUGCUGAACCCCGCGGAGAUCGCCGCCUUCUCUGAACGGCUGGCUCCACACCAGCUCGCUCAAACGGCGGACGGCACCACGGUGCUCGACAAGGCUGUGGUCGAACACAACCUUGUCGCCGCCAGUAAACUGUACGAGAACAUCACGACUGACGCACUGGGCGCUAUUCUGGGGCUUACGGAGAGCGGGGACCUGACGGCGGGCGAGAAGGCGGAGGCUUACGCGGCACGCAUGGUCGAGCAGGGCCGGUUGAAUGGAAGCAUUGACCAGAUCGCGGGCGUGAUCUACUUUGACUCGAGUGUGGUGGGGUCGGCGACUGCCCCGGGACGACAUAUCAGGCAAUGGGAUGCGGGGGUGCAGGGGCUCGCGGAGGAUGUGGAACGGGUGGCGGCGAGUAUCACGGACGCAUUUCCGGUACGUGCGCUUCUUUCCUGUAGAUGGGAUUGGGCUAACUUUCUCUUGUGA